CGAUUACCCUGUUCCCUCUUUCCCCGAUUACCCCGAGUGCCAUCAUUUGAUAUGUCCUCCAAUGGCUUCGAGCCCUACCUCCGUCGGCUCCGCCCUUGACUCUCGAGGCAAGUUCUGAAACAUGGACCCAAGCGGCAUCGAUAUUGUCAUCACAAGAGCCUCGGAGGCAGGAAAGCUUCCCCCGCAGAACCCAAGUGCAGGAGACUCCGAGGUCCUCUUCCACCAGGGAUGGGCCAACUUUCCGGACGGACCUAGCCACCAUCACCCCAGCAGCAGCGAGUGCUGGAAUAAGGCACAUGCGUCGCGAAAGACAGGUGUCCAGGACGUGUAUGCGUCCUUCAGCACUUUCAUGCUGGGGUGGUGUUACUUGCAGGGCAUCGGUGUGGCCAGAGACGAAAAACAAGCCUGCAUUCUCUUUCAAGAAAGCAUUGUUGAUGCCUUCCAGCUGGGCAAGAUGGUAUUUGGUCCCGAAAACAACAAGGGAUACUACCACCUCGAGUCCGACUCCCAUGCGGCAACGGUGUUCUUCGAUCGCUGCAAGCUGGCCACCAGCAUCUCCCCUUCAUGGAUAUGCAAGCAUCUCGUUGCCCUUUGCCACCUCUACGGAUAUGGGGUUGCACGAUCAGAGGAGACCGCAGUUCAGGUACUGAUGGAUCUCGCCCAUGAAGGGCACGAUGUCAGCCAGACCGAGCUGGCCAAAUGCCUCUACACAGGAUAUGGUGUAAGCAAGUACUACACUCGAUCGAUCUAUUGGUUCCAAAAGGCAGCCGACAUGGGCUACCAGGGAGGUCAGUUUGGCCUGGGUAUCUCCUUUUACUAUGGCAAGGGCAACGAUCGAAACUACAAGAAAGCAGCCAAUUUCUUUGAACGCUCGGCUCUCCAAGGGAACUCGGCCGCCCAGUUUUGUCUCGGCAUCUGCUACAACUAA